CUAAUAAGUCGUAUGUUUUCGAUGACCUGGCAACUCUAGCACGUUAGACCGCUAAAAUUCAAUGAUCCGUUGGCCAAACGUUCAAUUAAUUUGAUUUAUUAAAUUUGGACGAAAGAGGUUUGUUUUUUUCCGGCGAAUUUUGUUUGCCAACCAUUUUUGAGUCGAAGCAGCCCUUUUCAUUGCUUAAGGGAACUACCUUAGUCUCAGUGUCUACAUGCCAGUUGAACAUGAGCCUAAAUUGUAAUGAGAACUUCACAAUGGGGAAGGAGGAGGAGGAGCCACUGGAAACGUUGCACAAUUUUGAGUAUAUGAAAGACAUCACUAAUGAUCUGCCGGGGCCAUUGACCAAGGAGCUGUUCAUGGCCAAUUUGGGCCUGAGUAAACAAUCAAGCAAAUCGGAAACGCAAAGUACCAGCAGCAGCAGUCGCAGCCUGAGCUCCCGACAAAAAAGGCGUGCGUUACGCGAGGACAGGGUUAAUCCCUAUGGCAUGCUGCAUAGCUGUGUUGUGCAAGUGCAGGAUAGAAUGGAGAGAACGCUGGUCAGAGAGCGCGAGGCAAUGCAGGAACCGCGCGAGGAGCCGCUGCACAAGAUGAUUCGCUGGCUAAUGGAUUUGCCGCAACGAUUUGAACUCUCUCGCCUCUCCUUCUCAGCGCUACGCUGCAACGAAUGCUAUCUGUGCGAGGGCGUCGAGUAUCCGUGCACCCGUUGCCGCCAGCAGUUCCAUCAGGAGUGCCAUGCCGAUCAAGGCAGACGAAAGCCACACCGUCUGUGCCCGUCCUGUACACGCAACUCAAUUAGAAAUCCCAAUGCUGAGUUGCUGGAUGCAGGCGAUUGAUAAAU